AUGGACCCGAAAUUAAAGGCAGAAUCAAUUAUUGAUAUGAUGCCUAAAUCAUCAUUUUUAUCUAAAACAGGGAUGAUUGCUACAGGAACAGUGUUAUCAAUAGCAGCAAUUUCGAAUGAACUUUAUGUAGUUAAUGAGGAGACUAUUAUUCUUGGAAGUUUUCUUAGUAUUGUAUGGUUCCUGGUAAAAUCGGGAAAACAAGGUUAUAUUAACUGGAUGGAUGGACAUAUUAAUCAUGUACGUUCAUUACUUAAUAACGCUAGAGAGCAACAUAAAGAAGUAAUAAAUGAACGUAUUAAAGCGGUUAAGCCGUUAAAAGAUGUAGUCGAUGUUACAAAAAAUCUUUUUGAAGUAUCAAAAGAAACGGUAAAUAUGGAAGCAAAAGCAUUUGAACUUUCGCAGUUUGUUGCAGCUCAACAGCAAGCUAAAGCAGUUCUUGAUUCAUGGGUUCGCUAUGAAUCAGCUCUUCGACAACGAGAACAAGCAUAUCUUGCCAAUACAGUCAUUUCAAAAGUUGAAAAAGAAUUACAACAACCAAAAAUACAACAACAAAUUCUUGAUCAAAGUAUUACAAAGAUCGAAAGUCAUUUAUCCUCUUUAUUGUAUUUUUUUAACAUCUACUAGA